AUGGGAUGCAUGUAAAAUUAACCAAUAAGUCCAGAACUUUCAAUUCUAGAUAUCAAUUCUCCACUUUACAAUUCACAUAAUCCAGCUCUAUAACCAUAUUCGAAUUAUUAAUAUCCUGCUGCGAGAUUACCUACUAACUAAUCUGAAUAAUCAACUUAAUCUAAAUUUAUCUAUAAUAAAGGAUUAACUUGGUCAAAGAAUGGUAAUAUAUCAAUAUUAAACUUAGAAAACUAAGAUUAAAUUUUCUGUUCUUCCCUAAACAGUUGUCCCUACUUUUGA